UCAUCAUCAUCCUUCAAUUUCUUAAUUUUGCUAUUCUAGAAUCAACACGAAUCUUCUCCUUCUUCUUCUCCUUCUCCUUCUUCCUUCAGAGUUCACUUCGCUGGCCUGCUUCGAUUCAAUGGCUGUCGCUCACUACUUGGUUGCGGUUCCUUCCGCAACCUCUAAACACGCCAAAACUCCAAUAAUGCCUUUUUCAACUUCUUCUCCUUCUGUUCCUAAGUUUUCUCUAUCUUUCUCUUCCUCUUCUCUUCGAUCGAAGGCUCGAAGGCUCUAUACCUUUCGUAGGUUUCGAAGAAUCGUACCUAAAGCUGAGGCUAAGUCUCCUGAACCUGAGGUCAGCUCAGAUACAGAUGCAUUUACCCAUUUUAAGCAUCUGCUUCUGCCAAUCACAGACCGGAAUCCAUAUCUUUCUGAAGGAACAAAACAGGCUGCUGCAACUACUGCUACUUUAGCAAAGAAGUAUGGGGCUGACAUUACUGUUGUGGUUAUUGAUGAAAAGCAGAGAGAAUCACUGCCGGAGCAUGAAAGCCAAUUGUCUAGCAUCCGUUGGCAUCUCUCAGAAGGUGGAUUUCAGGAAUUCAGAUUAUUAGAGAGACUUGGGGAAGGUAACAAGCCUACAGCUAUAAUUGGUGAGGUUGCAGAUGACCUGAAUUUGGAUUUAGUGGUCUUAAGCAUGGAAGCAAUCCAUUCCAAGCAUGUGGAUGCAAACCUACUGGUUGAAUUUAUUCCUUGCCCUGUCUUACUUCUGCCAUUGUAAAAUUUUUCAUAGACCAAGCUAUUAAAGAAUUUUGUUGCAAAAGCCAGGUUUUUCUUGUUGGGCUUCUGUGAUCAUACAGCAUUUUGGCUUGUUAAUUUUGCUCGAGUCUGUCUGUCUUUAUGUUUCUCUGGUCAGAGUUAAUAAAUCGGUACCAGGGUUAUUUCAUAUUGAUCCCUGUAGAGGGGCCAAUCUGCUGUGUACAAUCAUGAUUGAUCUUGCUUUUGUUUGGAGGAUACUUUUAUGACACUUUUUGUGACAUAAGCAGGGUUUAGUAGAACUUCUUGCCAGACA